UCCUAUAUAUUUGUCUAGUAUAAAUAGAAUGAAUAGUGAUCAAACACUAUAACAAGUGGAGAGUUUUCUUUUUCUGCAUAAACAAUAUAUAACACUUUCUAAAGAAAAUGGAACCUGCUGAGCUUAUUUCUCAAGAAUGGAGUUCUCUUAGUGGACUCUACACUGCUGAGGAAUCUGAUUUCAUGAAUCAGUUACUUGGUAACUGCUCACUCCCACAACACCCCAAUCAAAACUCCGAUUUCGGAACUGAAUCUGCAUUUUGGCCAGCACACGAUUCCACAACAGUUACUGUCACAAAAAAUAACAACUAUUCUAACUUUGCUGCUCAAUUUCCUAGCUCAACUUCUGAUACUAGUUGCAUUAACAAUACAUUAACCAGCUUUGAGUAUAUUGCUAUGGGACUUUCCGUAGAUGAUUCCAAAUUCGGUCCAUAUACAACACAACCUAAUGAACAAUUUCUAGCUAACAAGAAAUUGCAGUCCCCAAAGGAACAUGAAAUACUAGUUUCUGAGCCAGAAGAGAACACCGUACGAAAAGAAAAUUCAAUGAAAAGAUCUAGGAGCUCGAAUGAGGUCUCCAGGAGCAAGAGGAAUGUUAAAUGUAGGAAGAAUAUGAGAUGUGGUUCUAGAAGCACUGACGAUCUGACCUUAAUCAGUUGUUGUUCAGAGGAUGAGUCCAAUUCUUCUCAUGAACUACAUGGAGGGUCAUGUUCAAGUUUGAGCCAGAAUGAUUCCACAGCUUUGAAGUUAAGUGGUAAAUCAAGAUCUAGUCGAGGUGCUGCUACUGAUCCACAAAGCCUAUAUGCAAGAAAAAGAAGAGAGAGAAUAAAUGAAAGGCUGCGAAUCUUACAAAACCUUGUCCCCAAUGGAACUAAGGUGGAUAUCAGCACCAUGCUUGAGGAAGCUGUUCAAUAUGUGAAGUUUUUACAGCUUCAAAUUAAGCUUCUAAGCUCUGAUGAUUUGUGGAUGUACUCUCCCAUUGCUUACAAUGGAAUGAACAUUGGACAAGAACUUGGUAUUACCCCAGCAAAAGAAACAAAGGAUAUGCAAUAGCAAUAAAAGAGAAUGCAAUGCAGCAGAUUAAGAGACUCUGAUUUCAUUUUGUGAUUUUUUUGCUGUCUUCUGCCUAUUUGGCAUUUAAUCCUUUUUUUUAUGGACAGAAAAUGACAGUUAUUUCUUAGCAAGUAUGAAAUUGAUUACAAAGUGAAUAUUUGCUUCUGAAGUUCUGAAUUAUGAGAUAUCAAUGUGAGUUGAUUUCAAAACAACUACAUCUACUUUUGAAAUUUAAAAAGUAAUUAUCCAUAAUCAUGUUUAGAUUCUUUUGAUAGAAAAGUUUUAUUCAUUAUUGUAAUUUUUCUAUGUAUCCACUGAAUUUGGAUCUAUUUGUGAUCCUUAUUUCAACUUUUGUGUGUAACAUUUAGUUGUUUCUGGAUACUUGAAAAACAUAUGAAAUAAGAACAAAUGUCCCGUGUGAUAAUU